AGAUGGAAGCAGCACGAUGGUUACCUGAACGACUGGUCAAAUAAGUAGAUAACAUCAUCACCUCUAAAUCCAGGGAGCAAGAGACCCCCUGAGAAGGCUUUCUUUCCUUUUCUUUGCAGGUAACUAUGAGCACCUGGAUGUGGCUACUGCUGGGAAUCUCUCUCCUGAUACGAAAAAAUGAAGGUGGUUUCGCAAUCUUGACCAGACAUUUUUCGGGGACAUUUGGAGGCGAGUGGGACACAGUCCCUCAGGUCCGGGGGACCUCAAAUAAAUAUGCCCAAUCUGGCUGUCCCAAUACAGUAGGAAAAACAAUUUGCUGGAAUAAGACUCCACCUGUGCACGUCUCUGAUGGAGGUGGACCCCAAGAUCAGGUGAGACAGAAUAUAGUCCAAAAGCAACUGGAAAACAUUGUAAACCACAUGUCUCCUAAAUUUAAUUAUCAUCCAAUAGCUUUACCCAAAAAUAGGGAUGCGAAUCCAGACCCCCAAACCCUGAAAAUGUUAGACAUCACACAUAGGUUACUUAAUCAAUCCAACCCUUCUUUGGCUCAAAAUUGCUGGUUAUGCCUUCAUUUAGGACUAUCUAUGCCUAUUUCUAUCAAUAUUAAUUCCAUUGAAUUAUCAUCUAAUAACUGCAUGCCCAUUAUGCCUUUACCAGUACAACCUAUCUUUUCUGAAGCACCCUGUAUUGUCUCCCCUUAUAGAGACGACAGUUAUGCUAUUGAUAUUGGCAUACUCUCUUUGACCAAUUUCACUGACAUCAUCAAUAUUACUUAUUCCCCGUGUGCUCCCAAUGAUAUGGUAUUUGUUUGUGGCAAUAACUUGGCAUAUACCAUUCUGCCUACUAAUUGGACAGGAUUAUGUACUAUUGCCCUUUUGCUAACUGAUAUAGAUAUAGUCAAUGGAAAUGAAUCUUUACCUAUACCAUCCUUCGAUUAUAUAUCUGGCUGUUCUAGAGGGGUUAUCCAAUUUCUCCCUCUCUUGGCCACUCUGGGAAUCACUGCUGGCAUGGCCACUGGUACAGCCGAUAUGGUCAUUGCUGUACAUAAAUAUACUGAACUAUCUCAACUUAUGGCAGAAGAUAUACAAGCCCUAUCAGGCACAGUUAAAGAUCUUCAAGUUCAAUUAAAUUCCUUAGCUGAAGUAUCCCUGUCGACUGACCCACGGGCCGGGUCAAAGGAGAAAAUACUGCAAGCUGUAAGAUCAUCUAAGCACUGGAGUGUGGUCACACCACGAUCUAUUGACCAACCAGUUUAUUACAAGGACAACCUAAAUAAUCAGUGGAUCCACACCACUGUGGUAAAAUGGGGAAGGGGAUUUUCUUAUAUUUCCACAGGAGACCGUAACUUUUGGGUUCCAGAUAAAAAUAUUAAACUCAGAAGUGUUACCCAUGAAGAAACAAUGGCAGAGAAACCUGAUGAAAUUUUGAGUGAACAAAUUAGCCCCAAGAUUCCAGUGCCUAACCUUGACACACAAGGACAGGAAGUGCAAAAAGAUGACAUCAGUGCACCCAGAAAUGGUGACUAG